AUGAUUCUCAUUAUCUCCCUCGUUUUUUCUCUUUUCUCCUUCUCCCAUGCUUCUGUCCUGGAUUUCUGUGUGGCAGAUCAUGCAGGUCCUAUUGGCCCUGCAGGAUACUCCUGCAAGAAGCCUUCGAAGGUCACAGCAGAUGAUUUUGCUUUCAGUGGCCUUGGCAUUGCUGGUAACACCUCUAACAUUAUCAAAGCUGCAGUGACCCCCGCAUUUGAUGCUCAGUUUCCUGGUGUCAAUGGCCUUGGCAUAUCCGCAGCCCGUCUGGACUUAGCAGCAGGGGGAGUUAUACCACUGCACACUCAUCCUGGAGCUUCAGAACUACUUGUUGUAGUACAAGGGAGCAUCUUGGCAGGAUUCAUUUCAUCUGACAACACUGUCUACCUCAAAAAUCUUAAGAAGGGGGAUGUUAUGGUAUUCCCUCAAGGCUUGUUGCACUUCCAAAUCAAUGCAGGUGGUUCGUCAGCCCUGGCUAUUGUAAGCUUCAGUAGCUCCAAUCCUGGUCUGCAAAUUCUGGACUUUGCUUUGUUCAAGAGUAAUUUCCCCACACCAUUGAUAGUGCAAACCACUUUCCUUGAUGCUGCUCUGGUGAAGAAGCUUAAGGGUGUUCUUGGAGGUUCAGGCUAA